GGGGCCGGCCAGUCUGCGCCUGCGGUGAGACCCCUGGGCUGGGGGCCAUGUCCUCCGAGGUCAUCUCCAGCGCUUUACGUGAUAGAUUCGGAGUAAAGUUAGUUGGUCGCCUGUUGGGCUAAGAAACUGUGGGGAAUAAGACACCUGCCUCCAGGAGCCUUUUUCUGCCUGGUCCAUAGUUUGGGAUACCGCUACUCUAAAAACUUUUGAGAUGAGGUGAGGCCACACAGUGAGGCCGCCAAGGUGGCGCUUGGAGAAGAGUGUGGCCCGCCGGCUGUGGGCAGUGGGACUCGGGGCCCUCCGCCAGAAGACAGGUGUUCAGGGCCGGAGGGGCAUCUGAGUUCUACGUACAGCUCCGUAGUCUCAUCGUGGCGGCUUUCUAACUUCUCCGGUGGAGAGUAGGGACUCACGCAUUUUUGGAAGCCUCUUCUCUUGGGGGGUUGAACCCAGCUUUCAAGAAUAGUUGCAGCAACGUUUAAAUUGGAUGGAAAUAAUGAUGGAACAUGACCUACCAUCAGGCCCCAUGUGGAUCAAACACAGCCCAAGCCAGGGCUGCCCCAGGCCAAGGGCUGGAAGAACGGAAAGAGCUCAUCGGUUUGUUUGAAGGCAGACAAGCUGUACAGGCAACUUUUCCCAGACUCUCCCAGCUCCGGCUUUUCAUGCAUACCAGCAGAGCCGCUUUUUUCCUCCAGUGAUUGAAACCAUCUGGACUGCAGGGGGGUCACGUGUGUAUGAGAAAAUGACAUAAAGUUUCAGAUCCCCUUGUGUUUUGCUCCAGACCCAGACAAUUCUUUUUCGGAUGGUGCCGAGCCCGGCCGCAGCCCCGGGCGCGGAUGCCUGCCCGACCGCCGCCCUCUCUCCCGGAGCGGCUCCUCCUCCGGGCUGCGCGGCUCCAGACAAGCCCCCAUCAGUGCGAGCGCCCAGCCUGGCUGGAGAACUCAAGAGGACUGCACAAAGAAGGAGCUUAAGAAGAGCCUGUUGAAUGCAUGGAGUGAAGUAAAGGCUUCCUGGACUCUGCUGGCUUGUCUGAGAGUUCCACUGUGACUACGUAGAUACAAGCAUCCUUUUCAUUUAUCUGGAAGAUGAGAGACUGCUUGGGUAUCAGCAAUAGUACCAUGGGUCCCUGCACUGGUUAAAGCCAUCGCCACAACCUGGGCAGGCAGCAAGGUGAAUCCAUCACAGUAGCCUCUCAGGCCCGACAGAGAAGUGGUCCGUAGCUUAGAUUGGGGCUGCAGCUGGUCCCCACUCCUGCUCAGUCCAGCAUCCCAGAGGGCUCUGGGUUUUCAGAAAGCCGAAAUGACCAUGACUGCCAACAAGAAUUCCAGCAUCACCCACGGAGCUGGAGGCACUAAGGCCCCUCGGGGGACUCUGAGCAGGUCUCAGUCAGUCUCUCCACCUCCAGUUCUCUCCCCACCAAGGAGUCCCAUCUACCCAUUCAGUGAUAGUGAAACGUCAGCCUGCAGGUACCCAAGCCGCUCCAGCUCCCGGCUGCUCCUCAAGGACUGGCACCCCCGUGAUCUUUCACCCCCAAAUCCUCAAGCUCACUCCCCAGACACUUCACCACCCAUCUGUCCUCUCAAGGCCACCAACUUCAGUUAUUUGGACAGAAGCCCUUCAGUGUGCAAGAGAGAGGACCAGAAGGAGAAUGUCCAAGGGGCAGCCCAGGAUGUAGAGGGAGUAGCUGCUUGCCUCCCCCUUGCCCAGAGCACCCCAUCCCUGGGGCCGGGAACCGGCUCACGGAGCUCCUUUCUGAACCGCACUGGCAACCGUGCCCAUAGCCUGGGCAUCCGGGAGAAGAUCUCAGCAUGGGAGGGUCGCCGAGAGGCUUCGCCCAGGAUGAGCAUGUGUGGGGAGAAGCGGGAGGGCUCUGGGGGCGAGUGGGCGGUCAGUGAAGGCUGUCCCAGCGUGGCGCCAUCCCCCUGCAGCUCAGAAAAAACCUUCGAUUUCAAGGGCCUCCGGAGGAUGAGCAGGACCUUCUCAGAGUGUUCCUACCCUGAGACCGAGGAGGAGGGAGAGGCGCUCCCUGUCCGGGACUCUUUCUACCGGCUAGAGAGACGGGCAGGCCGGAGUGAGCCCAGUGCCUUCCUCAGGGGGCAUGGCAGUAGGAAAGAGAGCUCAGCAGUGCUGAGUCGGAUCCAGAAAAUUGAACAGGCCCUGAAGGAGCAGCCAGGCCGGGGACUCCCCCAGCUCCCCAGCAGCUGCUACAGUGUAGACCGAGGGAAAAGGAAGACUGGGACCUUGGGAAUCUUGGAGGAACUGACAGGGAGCACGAGUGUGAGCACUGGCAACCGGGCAGGAGGAGUGGCUGGAGUUGGGGGGGAGGCAGGCCCACCCUUGGAGAGAGAAGGCAGUGGCUCCACUAAGCCAGGGACCCCGGGAAAUAGCCUGAGCUCCCAGCUGCUGCCAUCAAAGAGCUCCCUUGAUCCCGCUGUGAACCCUGUUCCCAAACCCAAGCGCACCUUUGAAUAUGAGGCUGACAAGAAUCCCAAGAGUAAGCCAAGCAAUGGUCUACCUCCUUCGCCCACACCUGCUGCUCCACCCCCCCUGCCCUCCACCCCAGCCCCACCAGUCACCCGGAGACCCAAGAAGGACACGCGUGGUCACCGCAAGUCCCAGAGCAGAAAAUCCUUUGAGUUUGAGGAUGCAUCCAGUCUCCAGUCCCUGUACCCCUCUUCUCCCACUGAGAAUGGUACUGAGAGCCAACCCAAGUUUGGAUCCAAAAGCACUUUAGAAGAAAAUGCCUAUGAAGAUAUUGUGGGAGAUCUACCCAAGGAGAAUCCAUAUGAGGAUGUGGACUUAAAGAGCCGAAGAGCAGGACGAAAAUCCCAGCAACUGUCUGAAAACUCCUUGGACUCUUUGCACAGGAUGUGGGGUCCUCAGGACAGGAAGUACAACAACCCACCCACUCAGCUGUCCCUGAAACCCAACAGCCAGUCCCUGCGCAGUGGGAACUGGUCAGAAAGGAAGAGCCACCGGCUGCCACGAUUACCCAAAAGGCACAGCCAUGACGACAUGCUGCUGCUAGCUCAGCUGAGCCUGCCGUCUUCACCCUCUAGCCUUAAUGAGGACAGCCUCAGCACCACAAGUGAGCUGCUGUCCAGCCGAAGGGCCCGCCGCAUUCCCAAGCUUGUCCAAAGAAUUAACUCCAUCUACAACGCCAAGAGGGGAAAGAAGAGGUUAAAAAAGCUGUCUAUGUCCAGCAUUGAGACAGCAUCACUGAGAGAUGAGAAUAGUGAGAGCGAGAGCGACUCUGACGACAGGUUCAAAGCCCACACACAGCGCCUAGUCCACAUCCAGUCGAUGCUGAAGCGUGCGCCCAGCUAUCGGACCCUGGAGCUGGAACUGCUCGAGUGGCAAGAGCGGGAGCUUUUUGAGUACUUUGUGGUGGUGUCCCUCAAGAAGAAGCCAUCUCGAAACACCUACCUCCCUGAAGUCUCCUACCAGUUUCCCAAGCUGGACCGACCCACCAAGCAGAUGCGGGAGGCAGAGGAGAGGCUCAAGGCCAUUCCCCAGUUUUGUUUCCCUGAUGCCAAGGACUGGCUUCCUGUGUCAGAGUAUAGCAGUGAGACUUUCUCUUUCAUGCUGACUGGGGAAGAUGGCAGCAGACGCUUUGGCUACUGCAGGCGCUUACUGCCAAGUGGGAAAGGGCCUCGGCUGCCAGAAGUAUACUGUGUCAUCAGCCGCCUUGGCUGCUUCGGCUUGUUUUCCAAGGUCCUCGAUGAGGUGGAGCGCCGGCGUGGGAUCUCUGCCGCCUUGGUCUAUCCCUUCAUGAGAAGUCUCAUGGAGUCGCCCUUCCCUGCCCCGGGGAAGACCAUCAAAGUGAAGACAUUUCUUCCAGGUGCUGGCAAUGAGGUGUUAGAGCUGCGGCGGCCCAUGGACUCCCGGCUGGAGCAUGUGGACUUUGAGUGCCUCUUUACCUGUCUCAGUGUGCGCCAGCUCAUCCGAAUCUUUGCCUCGCUGCUGCUGGAGCGUCGGGUCAUUUUUGUGGCAGAUAAGCUCAGUACCCUCUCCAGCUGCUCCCAUGCUGUGGUGGCCUUGCUCUACCCCUUCUCCUGGCAGCACACCUUCAUUCCUGUCCUUCCGGCCUCCAUGAUUGACAUCGUCUGCUGUCCCACACCCUUCCUGGUUGGCCUGCUCUCCAGUUCCCUCCCCAAACUAAAGGAGCUGCCUGUGGAGGAGGCACUGAUGGUGAAUCUGGGAUCUGACCGAUUCAUCCGACAGAUGGAUGAUGAGGACACGCUGUUACCGAGGAAGUUACAGGCGGCUCUGGAGCAGGCUCUAGAGAGGAAGAACGAACUGAUCUCCCAGGACUCUGACAGUGACUCUGAUGAUGAAUGUAAUACCCUCAAUGGGCUGGUGUCAGAGGUGUUUAUCCGGUUCUUUGUGGAGACUGUUGGGCACUACUCCCUCUUCCUGACCCAGAGUGAGAAGGGGGAGAGGGCCUUUCAGCGAGAAGCCUUCCGCAAGUCUGUGGCCUCCAAGAGCAUCCGCCGUUUUUUGGAGGUUUUUAUGGAGUCUCAGAUGUUUGCUGGCUUCAUCCAAGACAGGGAGCUAAGAAAGUGUCGUGCAAAGGGCCUCUUUGAGCAGCGAGUGGAGCAGUAUUUAGAGGAACUCCCAGACACUGAACAGAGUGGGAUGAAUAAGUUUCUCCGAGGUUUGGGCAACAAAAUGAAGUUCCUCCACAAGAAGAAUUAAGCCCCUUUCCCAGUAAGAGUCCAGUGCCUUGCAGAGCCUGGAGCCUGUGGAGGGGGCCAGCUUGGGACCCUCUGGGCCAACUGUGGCUGCUCUGCCCCCACAGACCCCACCUUCCAAGCCAGCCCACCUCUGCCUUCACGAUAUCCCAGGAUACUGUUUGUAAAUAAUCUGCUGUAAGCUUUCUUAUCUCUUUUUGUAACAAGCAAAGAGAAUCUGGUAAAUAUUUGUAUAUUCCCAAGGGGCUGGGUGCUGGCGACUAGCCAAUUAUGUGCAGCUGACUGUCUCAGCCGAACCACUGAUCUUUCCCUGGAGGCUCCUGGCCUGCCUGCCUGAGGUCCCUGCUGCCAGUCUUGGGCCCUGGAGUGCAGAUGCUGUCUUGUUCUGUACAGGACUUUUUUUUUUUUUUUUUAAUCUUAGAGUUUCUAUUUUUUUCUAGUAGUCCCCUCCCCUGACCCUCUGUUUUUGAAAGGCAAAGGCCAAUCAAUCCCCAUUUGCAGUAUGGUACCAGGCUCUCAGGUCUGGCCUUCUCUUGUUCCUCCUACCUUUGUGAUGGUCAGUGAGUCAUGGGAAGCCCACCCCUCCACCCCCCAGCUGUGCCAGUGAUCUCUGGGCCCAGCUCCCAGUCUGUGGUGGCCAUGAUGCGGUACAGGGCAUCCCUCCUUCCCACCAUCUACGGGUGUUCUCAAUAAACAGUGUACAGUUGUUUGGGCCCAGA